UUCCGGACCCGUAGUCGUCUCUCGCGUGCAUCGCCCGUCGAAGGAAGCAUUCCAUUCAUGUUUCGGGACGCGCGACGCGCUCGUCGUCGCGAGUGAGAGAAGAGAGACCGACCCGGGUCUCUUCCCCGCGAGGAGGACACAGGAGCCGCGAGCAACGGCGCCGUUUCUCGCGACAACGACGACGACGACGACGACGACGACGAGCCGCUGUGAUGACGAUCGACGGAUCCGCCAGGAACAUCGUCCUGCGAGCGCGUCCAGCACCAAGCACGUGGUCCUGCGUUAUUGUCCGGGCCGCUACUCCGAGCGCAUCCGGAGAUGCAGUGAGGCUGCACUGGUAGAAGUCGAGAUGUUGUGAUGGCUGGUAGAUCACGACGUUCGAGCACAGAGCUCGAACCAGAUCUAUCGACGCCAACGGCUCCAAAAAAAUCCAAACAAUCUGAGGAGAAGUCAUUCGACAAACCGUCCGCCGAGCACUUGACAGAGGUAGAAAGUACCGAGACACCGUCCACGAGUGAGGUAUCUUUGCAGGCGGAAGUUGUGCUCGUCGAGGAAGCCGAGGAGGAGGAAAAGCAGCUGUCGGGCGUCGCGAAACAAGCGGGAACGUCCGAGCGAAGGGUGUCGACCGAUGAAACGAAAUCGACGACCGAGCAAAAGGAUCCAAAGACCUCCGAGCGAAAAGAAGACAUCGCGACGACCUCGACCGAAGCGAUCCCGGGUACUUCGAAAGAGGGACAGCUUGGUACGCUGAAAUCCAUUGUAAUGAAGUACAGCGAACAGAGCGAACAUGAGCUUUCCAGAGCAAAAUCCGAGACAACUGUACAGAGCUUUACUCUGCGCGAACAUGCUUCCUACGAAGAUUUGUCACUCAUCGGAAACGGUGCAUACGGUACGGUGUACAAGGCGAAGGACAAGUCCAGUGGUCAAAUUGUAGCGCUUAAGAAAGUUCGGGUACCCUUGACAGAUGAUGGUUUACCCAUGUCCACAUUAAGGGAGAUUGCUGCCUUGAAAUCACUCGAACGAUAUGAACAUCCAAAUAUUGUCAGAUUACUUGAUGUCUGUCAAGGAGAUUAUCUUCACCUACCAUCGGGUGAUGGUGAACAAUCCGAGAGACUAGAUCGUGGUCUCACCCUCUGGUUGGUGUUCGAACACGUGGAAAGAGAUCUCGCUUCCUACAUAGCCAAUUAUCGAGAUAGCUCUCCGCAAUCGAGAAUCCCAUCAAAUAUCGUGAGGCAAAUGUCAAGAGAAAUAUUGUGUGGAGUGGAGUUCCUACAUAGCCAUAGAAUAAUACACAGAGACUUGAAACCGCAAAAUCUCUUGGUAACGCGGGAGAGAAGAAUCAAAAUCGCGGAUUUUGGUUUAGCCAAAACCUACGAUUUUGAGAUGAGAUUAACUUCCGUGGUUGUGACUCAAUGGUAUCGAGCACCUGAAGUACUUUUAGGAUGUUCCUAUGCUACUCCUGUAGAUGUCUGGUCUGUUGGAUGUAUAUUGGCAGAACUUUGCAAAUUGGAACCAUUAUUCCCAGGUACUAGUGAAGGUGAUCAACUCGAUAGGAUUUUCCAAGUUUUAGGUACUCCGUCGCAACAAGCAUGGCCAGAGAAUGUAUCACUCAGUUGGACAGCUUUCCCAUACAGACAACCCAAACCUCUUGGUGCAAUAAUACCAGAUCUCAAUGAACAUGGACUAGACUUAAUAAGAAGUAUGCUCAUGUUUGAUCCUCAUAGUCGUAUAACCGCAGCUCAAGCAGUAAGACACCGAUAUAUUACUGAAGAAGACGUACAAUGACUGUUUUGUAAGUUAUCUAGAUUUAUUAGUAAACUCAGACUGAUAUAACUGUAUUCAGGAAUAGAAAUAUUUCUAACAUACGUAAUCACACUAUAACAGUUUAUAAGAUUAUUAAUAAUAGGUUGAUUAUUAAAUAUCUAAUAUGAGUAUUAUAUAUAAGAAUCAUACUUGUGCAUUACAAUACUAUCAAACUUCAAUUAAUAAUUAAAAUUAGCUUUUCUAUUGUAUUAAAUAGUCGAUAGUAGUCACCAUGUACCCUCUAUAGUUUAUUUUUAUACAUUUGGCCCCUGUAGUUAAGUUAUUAAGAAUAAGCGUAACACAUAUAAUAAUUUUACAAAACAGGAUUUAAGUUAAUUUAAAGGAUUUCGAUAUAGGUGUACCUUAAUAUACAAUACGAAAAUCAGACAAUUAUUAUUAUUUUUGAUAUGUUAUUUAUUUACACAUAAUGAUGUCUUAAUAUUUCAGUCAAUGACACUUUUUAUAACGAUGUUAAGAAUUAUACUUUCCAUUAACUUCUUUUAUUUCACGUUAUUGUGUUUAACAGCUUAGUUGUAUUUGUAUGUGUAUGACAUUAAUUAAUUAUGUAAAAUGCGUAUAAUUACAACAAAUUCUACUAAGAGUGUGAAAACGAAUGUAUGUGUGCUGCGAAUAUCUAAUUUAAUUUUAGUUCAACAUAAAAUUGAGGUAACAAAUAUGUACAUGUAUAUUUUUUGAGUAGAAUUAUUUUUUUUUCUAAGACUGGGAUUUUUACCCAUUAGAAAUAUGUGAAAGAUGUAGAAUCUUUCAGAGAAAACCAGAAAGCGCACUGCCAUAUCUUGUAUGUACCAUGAGCCAUUAUACAAUCAUUCAUAUCAUAUUAUUUUUUAAUGUAUAAUAUCAAUGACAUGUAUAAAGCAAUAAGUGACAAUA